AAAGAAAGAAAAAGAAAACCGAUUUGGGGGUGGGUGGCUCAUUUUUGCCCCAUCUUUCCAAUCCAGAAAGUUGGGAAAAAAAAGGAGUGACGACCAAGUCGGCGCGCCUUCACCAACACAACACACGCUUCUGUCGCUCCAUAAAUCCCCAAGUACCAAAAUGGCCUUCUCUCUCUCUUCUGCCCCAGCUCUCUCUUCCUCCUCCCAUGCCGCCUUCCUCAUGCCUCGCCUCUCUCUCCUCCGCCGCCUGUCGGUACCCCGCCAUGGUCGACGCCUCUUCGCUGUCGCCCAACAACAGCAGGAGCAAGAACAAUGGUCUGUAGCGAAGCUCGCCCGCAUAUGCCCAGCGGCAGAGUCUAUCUUCCAUUUGACGAUGGACAUCAGUGAUGCCCCUUCGCUGGGCACAUCGUAUACGAUGCCUGGGCAGUACUUGCAGGCACGGGCUGCGAGCGAGCCGUCGCCUUCGGUGUUUUUGUCUAUCGCUUCACCGCCUGCACUUGCUGCGAAGGAAGGGGUGCUGGAGUUUUUGGUGAAGAGUGUGGAGGGGUCUGCGGCGGGGGUGCUAUGUGCGAUGAGGGAGGGGGAGGAGGUGGAAUUGAGUCCUGUGAUGGGAAGGGGGUUUAACAUACCUGAGAUUGAGCCCACACCAGAGUUUCCAUCGGUGUUCAUAUUUGCGACUGGGACAGGUAUCAGUCCAAUUCGGUCACUUAUAGAGUCAGGUUUUGAUGCUGAUAAGAGACCAGAUGUGCGACUUUAUUAUGGGGCUAGGAAUCUUCAGAGAAUGGCUUAUCAGGAUAGGUUCAAGCAUUGGGAAUCUUCUGGAAUUAAAAUUAUUCCUGUAUUAUCUCGACCGGAUGAUAGUUGGAAAGGUGAACGGGGUUAUGUGCAGGCUGCUUUUGCAAGAGCCAAGCAGAUAUCAGACCCUUUUGAAACGGGUGCAGUGCUUUGCGGGCACAAACAAAUGACAGAGGAUGUUAUAUCCCUUCUGGUAAGAGGAGGGGUUUCUAGAGAGAAGAUCUUGAAGAGCUUCUAAUUUUGCACGGCAAACCGGUUUGUUGUAACAAUAUUGUUGGGAACUUUUUGCUUUUUCCUUUUUUUAACCUCAUUGAUUUAUGUUAUCCAUCAUUUUUGUGGGUGAGGGAACAUAACGAGGAGAUGCAGAGGACCUUGGCAAAUGAGGUCUGGGAGAACGAAAUAAUUAAGAAAUAAAAAAUAUUGUGUUUUCCCUUGCCGCAA